UUUGUUACCAAUACAGCUAUCCGCCCAGAUCAAGGCCACGGCACAUCUCCCUGGUAUGCCGAAUGAGCACGAUAUCACUGAAUGGGUAUUUAAUAAAAGCAGGACGAGAAUGUACAAUAUGGCGGGGUGGUGUUGCCGUGAUGCCCAAAAGAUUUAUGCAACCUGUGGACGAGAUAUUAUCCAAUAUGUUCGGAGAAGUCUUCUGAUAUGGAUUGGUAUGGGAUCGGCAUCCCAAAAUGUCCGCUUGUUUGGAGCGUACCUUCGUGCUUUCUUGCAUGACGCUUCGAUAAAGGAGUAGGAUCCUGACAGCCCUCAUAUGCUGCCUUGUCUGGAUGAGCUUCUGAGUGGCUGGACGCAAUUGGAGGCCAAUAAUAAUAAUAUUACAGACAAAAUCCCCCUCUGGAUUGCAGCAUCCAUGCAAAUCUACGCAGAGAUCACUCUAGGACUUCACUCUUUCGGUAAUAUAUUAUAUCACUUUCUGGGGUAUAAACACCAACUGAAGUUAUUUGGAGACAAUAAUCCUCCGAGAAGUUUAUCCUUGCUCGCCCACCGCGACGAUACUAGAUGCCUUAUUCAAGGAUAUGAGGAGAUGUGGGAGUUGGAGUUUAAAUCACUUAAUACUCCUCUAAGCGAACAAAGAGUUUCUGCCUUUGUCUUCGCACAUAUGGAGUGUGUCCCGCCAUUAUGCGGCAUGCAGGCAUUGUGGCUCGAACAGCAAUACAAAGCAUCCAUGUCCCAGUCUUUCAACUUUUAUCAUUCACUUGUGCCAGUAGCCCAUUUAUAUGUAUCAAUGCUCCAGAUGAAACUUGUUGACCCAUGGGAUGAGAUGGAUUAUGUCUUAAAGCAAUUAAGCUCGAAUAUGAUAAAAUGUAAUCAUAUUGCUUGGCACCGCUGGCCCUGCCUAGAAGAUUUGCCAAGCCAACAGGUAAUCCGCUAUUCUUUGAGUUGUAGGGCCCCCUAAUUGUCAUGUUUGAUGUCUUCUACUAACCUAUUGUCACUAUAGCACACUUCGCCGAUCUUUCCGAUAGUGCAGAGACUCUGCUAGUGAGGUCUCUUUUUAAACCACAUACUGCCGAAUUGUUUUCCUGCUACUGGAAAUCAGGUACUUCUU